AUGGCGAAACGAGCAGAUAUUUUCUGUCUCCUUGUCUUGUUUUUGAGUUCAGUCUCAGCAAUCAUAGAUGAUUCUCAAAAUAAACAAGUGUAUGUUGUCUACAUGGGCUCACUUCCGUCUCAACUAGAAUACACACCAAUGUCGCAUCAUAUGAGUAUUCUUCAAGAAGUCACCGGAGAAAGUUCGGUGGAAGGUCGUUUAGUGAGAAGUUACAAGAGGAGUUUCAACGGUUUCGCGGCCCGACUCACUGACUCAGAACGAGAAAGAGUAGCCGAAAUGGAGGGAGUUGUGUCUGUGUUUCCGAACAUGAACUACAAACUCCAAACGACGGCGUCUUGGGAUUUCUUGUGGUUGAAGGAAGGAAAGAAUACGAAGCGAAACUUAGCCAUAGAGAGUGAUAUUAUCAUCGGCGUCUUCGACACUGGGAUUUGGCCGGAAUCAGAGAGCUUUUCCGACAAAGGCUUUGGUCCUCCUCCUAAGAAAUGGAAAGGUGUUUGUUCCGGCGGCAAAAACUUCACUUGUAACAAAUGUGCUUACAAAUUUUUCAGCAAGUUGAUCGGAGCAAGAGACUACACAAGAGAAGGUGCUAGGGACCUCCAAGGGCACGGUACUCACACAGCGUCCACAGCAGCUGGAAACGCAGUUGAGAACACAAGUUUCUAUGGAAUCGGUAAUGGAACGGCUAGAGGCGGCGUUCCAGCCUCUAGAAUCGCAGCUUACAAAGUCUGCUCAGAGACAGAUUGUACCGCGGCAUCUCUACUGUCUGCCUUCGAUGAUGCAAUAGCAGACGGUGUAGACCUCAUCAGCAUCUCUCUCUCGGGAAACAAUCCCCAAAAGUACGAAAAGGACCCGAUGGCGAUUGGGUCUUUUCACGCUAAUGUCAAAGGGAUCCUUACUGUGAACGCAGCCGGUAAUUCCGGUCCGGUUCCGGCCAGCAUCGAGAGCGUAGCACCGUGGAUUUUAUCAGUUGCAGCCAGCACCACGAACCGUGGGUUUUUCACCAAAGUUGUUUUGGGAAACGGCAAGACACUUGUCGUAAGUAUUCAAGUAACACUCUUAUUUUUGUCAUCAUUGUAACUCUGUCCCUUUAAAUAUCCUUUUGUCUCGACAGGGAAGAUCAGUGAAUUCUUUUGAUCUUAAAGGAAAGAAGUAUCCUCUUGUCUACGGAGACGUUUUCAACGAAUCUCUUGUGCAAGGUAAGAUCGUGGUUUCCAGAUUUACUACUUCAGAAGUAGCUGUUGCAUCCAUACGUAGAGACGGCUACGAACACUAUGCCUCCAUUAGCUCCAAGCCCUUCUCUGUUCUACCACCAGACGACUUUGACUCUCUCGUCUCUUACAUUAACUCCACAAGGUAGCUAACGGUCUUCUCGCUAAUAUCUCUAGAUUCUCCUUCUUUGUCUUGAUACCUCUGUGUUUGUUUUCUCAGGUCCCCGCAAGGGUCUGUUCUUAAAACUGAGGCAUUCUUUAAUCAGACAGCUCCUACAGUUGCUUCCUUCUCUUCUCGCGGUCCAAACAUCAUCGCUGUUGAUCUUCUUAAGGUAUAAUAUUUUUUAUGCUCUUGAUUCUUUUUUUUUUUAUUAUUUCCUGGUCUAAGAGACAAUGGUUGGUGGAUGGAUUGCAGCCAGAUGUAUCAGCACCAGGAGUGGAGAUUCUCGCUGCGUAUAUACCUUUGAUUUCACCAUCUGAAGAAGAGAGCGAUAAAAGACGUGUAAAG